CAUAACUUCCGGUCUGCCUCUCCAGGCGAAAUGUGGCGGGACGUUUGGAAACAACAGCUCAAUUUUAGUAGCAGUAUCUUACUGAAAACAAGCCGUGACCGGUGACUUAGACCGGAUGUGGCCGUUGUAAGUUUGUUGCUAAUGCUAAUGGACCCGGAACGGUAAAGAAGCACUCCGAAGAUGGCCGGGGUGUUUGAGGUGGAAGUUGAUGGUGUAGAGCACGACCAUGGACUGGAGCAUCACGAUCAGCCGAACCAGUUCGAUGUGUCCAAGCUUUCACCAGAGGAGAAGUGGAGGGUGGAGCACGCUAGAAUGCACGCUAAACAUAAAGGCCAUGAGGCCAUGCAUGCUGAGAUGGUGCUGAUCCUUAUAGUCACCCUGGUUGUUGCACAGCUAGUCCUUGUGCAGUGGAAACAAAGACAUCCAAAGUCAUAUAAUUUGGUGACCCUCUUCCAGAUGUGGGUAGUUCCUCUCUACUUUACUACCAAACUUCACUGGUGGAGGUUCCUGACCUCAUGGUUUAUCUUCUCUAUCAUCACCGCGUAUAUCUCCUACCGUGCCACUCGCAAGCCACUGGCCUGCACCACACCAAGGUUGGUGUACAAGUGGUUUCUCCUCCUUUACAAGAUCAGUUAUGCCACUGGAAUAGUUGGCUACAGUGUCGUCAUGUUCACACUUUUUGGUAUUAACCUAAUAUUCAGGAUAAAGCCGGAGGAUGCAAUGGACUUCGGUGUCUCCCUGCUGUUCUAUGGUCUGUACUAUGGGGUACUAGGACGGGACUUUGCAGAGAUGUGUGCAGACUUCAUGGCUUCAACUGUUGGGUAUUACAGUGCAUCCGGCAUGCCAACCAAGCACCUCUCUGAUAAUAUCUGUGCUGUGUGUGGUCAGCCUAUCCUCGUGGACGUCAGUGAGGAGGGAAUUAUUGAGAAUACAUACAGAUUAUCCUGCAACCAUGUUUUCCAUGAAUUCUGCAUCAGAGGAUGGUGUAUUGUCGGAAAGAAGCAGAUGUGCCCAUACUGCAAAGAGAAGGUGGAUUUGAAGAGGAUGUUUAGUAACCCCUGGGAGCGGCCACAUGUCAUGUAUGGACAACUUUUAGAUUGGCUUCGGUACUUGGUGGCCUGGCAGCCAGUUAUUAUUGGAUUUGUGCAAGGUAUCAACUAUAUCCUGGGUCUGGAGUGAUCUGGAACUGUGUCACUGGAAAUGGACACACUAGCCAUAUGGAGAAGAUAUGCAGAGGCUCAAAAGACUGAGGGCCUAACAACUCAAACAACUCUACUUUUUGUCCAUAUUUAUAGGCACAUAUUGUCUGUAUUUACGGUUUAUUUGAGUUUUAUUAGUAAUCUAAAUUUUUUUGUCAAUUUCCCAGGAUUCACACUGUAUUAAUUGGUUUGUGCAUUUUAUGGUCUAGUAAAGUGGUUCUCAAAGCCAUUAGAGGGGACUAAUUUAUGUCUUAAGUGUUAGCUAAUACUUAUUUUUAGGGAUCUUACUAGAAAUUUUCAUCGUCAUGUAAAUCACAAGCGUAAUAAACUCCAUAAAAAUCAAAACAAACCAUCUCCCCUUUGUUCUAGAAAGGAAUGAAACCAAAUCUACAGAUCUGCAUUGGAAAUGUGUCAUUGACUGAGACCUGCUUGUCAUUAAUCAUAUUGUGUGUGUAAGUCAUACAUCAUGUGAGGCCUUGUCGUCAUGGAGAAACGAAGUAUUCCUUGCACAGUACUUCUUAAAAUAGGACUGUUUUAGUUACUGCAGCUUCCCUUGUACAAUAUCUGGCUCUGUUGAAUUGUUUUGGCUUCACCAGUGUUUUUUACUACCUUCUUUGAAAUACUCAGGUUUAGAAAAACAACAUAUACAGUCCGUUAAACUCCCUCUUCCAUGCUGCGAGUCCUACUAGUUAAAUUUUAUUACUCUCCAUUAUAUUAAAGUGGCCACAGAAUGUUUUACCACAUGAAACAAAAAUUUAUCUGCAUGAUUAGCAUACAUGGUUUCAUAAUUCAAUUAACAUUUAUUUUAAAAAAUUGUUUACUGUUCAAGCUACAGUAGUUAUAUCUGAAAACACGAGGAUGAAAAGCUUCCUAGAAUGAUCCUUCAACACACUGGGAGUUUAGAUGGUACCAAUUUUACUUUAAAUGUGAUCCAGCUCCCAUUUACUUGGCCUCUCAGGUCGCUGUAAGGUAAAGGCUGGUUAUGGUUUUACAGGCACUGUUCAGUACCAUCAGGACUGUACAAAAGGCUAACACAAACUGUCAAUGUUUAAUGACUUAAUAAAUGUUUCAUGGUUUA